AUGAGCUUCCGGCGCAGUGGGGGAAUUCUCCCCCGCAACUUUCGGCCUUGUCUACCCCAGAAUCACCUCCGCAUUCGCUCCACCCUACCGCCGCUGUUGUCUCGGAGGUUCCAUGCCAGCUCGCUGUUAUGGGGGAUUAAGUCACAAGUGUUGAAGGAUGUUGGUGAAGGUAUCACCGAGGUCCAGAUCAUUCAGUGGUAUGUGGAGGAGGGGGCACAUAUUGAAGAGUGGAAGCCUCUAUGUCAGUAUCAGUCUGAUAAGGCUGUUGAUGAUAUUACAUCGAGAUAUGAGGGUGUUAUUAAGAAGCUUCAUUUUGAAGCUGAUGACACAGUACCCACGGGGAGAGCACUCUGUGAUAUUGAAGUCGAAGAUGGAAAAUACCCCGACGAUAACCCUCCGCACGAGCCUAGUGCGGAUCCACCAGCCCCAGAUCUCGCUGUAGCUGCAACCCAAGCAGCUGAAUCCUCCCAUAUAGCUCCUCCGCCCAUAAUCUCGGAGGUAGAGGUAGCACCCAAAUCAAAGCACGCAAGCCUCGCCGUGCCAGCAGUACGCGGCCUACUGAAAAGCCAUGGCGUGGACAUCAUCCAAGUAAACGGAACCGGCAAAGACGGCCGAGUAAUGAAACAAGAUGUGCUUGACUUCGUCGCAGAAAGAGACUCACCGGUUGGGACAGCCCAAAUCCCUCUCCAAGCCUCUGUGUCACCAGACACAAGACAAAUAGAGUCAAUUUCCAACCUGACUCCGAUCCAAUCACAAAUGUUCAAGACAAUGACCCGAUCCCUGAACACCCCUCACUUCCUCUACGCAGACGAACUUAAAGUCAACGACAUCACAGCCAUGCGCAAGAAACUCGCCGGCGACUCCCGCGACCCCCAGAAAAUAACUUUCCUCCCCUUCGUUGUUAAGGCCGUCUCCUUGGCUCUUGCAGAUUAUCCAAUACUCAACGCAAAGGUCGAUGUCAGCGAUCCUAGCAAGCCAAAGCUAGUUAUGCGCGCUAAGCACAAUAUCGGCAUUGCAAUGGAUACUCCGAAUGGACUAAUCGUCCCGAACAUAAAGGACGUCGCCAGCCGCUCCAUCCUCGAUAUUGCCGCCGAGAUUGCUCGUCUCAGCGCCCUCGGCAAGAGUGGGAAAUUGACACCCGCCGAUCUAAGCGGAGGAACAAUCACCGUUUCGAAUAUCGGGAAUAUCGGCGGGACAUACGUCGCGCCGGUCAUUGUGCCCACUGAGGUUGCUAUUCUUGGUGUUGGUCGGUCGAGGGCUGUUCCGGUCUUUGAUGAGGCUGGCCAGGUCACGCGGGGAGAUAUGGUUAACUUUAGUUGGAGUGCGGAUCACCGUGUUAUUGAUGGGGCGACUAUGGCUCGCAUGGGUAAUCGGGUUCGGGAGCUGGUUGAGUCGCCUGAGCUUAUGCUAUUGAAUUUGCGGUGA